AUGCCUUGCAAGAGGUUGCAGAUCUUCUGGGGAAAUCUGGCUCCAAUCGCCGUUGUCUCCAUCAAAGACCCCAUAACGAUGUCACGUUCCCCAGAGAACCCACUGCGGAAAGGCUCCGUUUGGGAGGAUAGAAUCCAUAAUUUUAUUCUGACCGCGCCGGCGAACUCGGUGUCUGGGAGUUGA